GAAUGAAGGUGUUUUAGAACUUUGUUGGCUUCUACAGAUGCAAGCAAAGCAAAAGGAGUAAGGGAAGGGGAUAAGAUCACAGAGAAAAGAAGUUAUAAUAGACCACAAGGCAUGUUGGUGGAUCCAUGACAGUGGAGGGACCACCGCACGCUGCUUGCCUUCCCUCCCAUGUUGCCCAUCUUUAAUGGCUUCUCUCUCUGUCACUUUCUUAGCAACAGAGAGAGAGAGAUAGAGAUUUGUACUGCUUUCCUUAUGGCCCAGUAAGUGCUGUUUUCUCUUCUUAAAUCUUUUUUAUAGCAGUGCUGUGCGCAAGGAAACCGCCCCUCAUCUGAAGCAAAAUCCUGUAGAGGGAGAGGGACAGAGAGAGAGAGAGAGAGAGAGAGAGAGAGAGAUUUGUAAUAAAGAUCGCAAAUUUUUCUUGUUGUCUCUUGGUUCGAUAAGCGCUGCCGUCCCUCUCUCUUUCUUUGCGUGUUCGUGAUUGAUAUGUUUCUGUCCUCUUAAAGGCAGAGUACCGUGCGGGGGUCUUCUUGAUUGAUGGUAUUCCAUCGAAAGAUGGGUGAGUUUGUAGAUCGUUUGAUGCACGAGAUGGGAUCUUGCUUGCUUCAUGAUUUGAGGCGCAAGAUGAGUCUUUGAGGGUGGCUUCCAAGAUACGGUUGCAAGUGUUGAGCUAUCAGAGAUUUCGUGGAUUUUCUUCGUUACCGGGCCGUUGUGCUCAAAUUGGCAACUUUAUUGAGUUUAGGUGGAGAAGAUGAUCCGUUGGCUUCCUUUUUCUCCCUUCUUGUCCGAGAAAUGUUCCAGAAAUGUGAAGAAUCUCGUGAGGUUUGGUUACAGAUCUCUUUUCUGAUGUGGAUUUCUGCUUGUGAACCCGUGGGUGAUAUCCUUUUCUCCUAUCUAAGCUCUCCAAAGGUUCCUCCUAAUCUGGUUUUCUAAAGGUUUCCCGAGAAAUGGGUCCUUCGUUGCAUUCCGUCGACAGUGUUGUCGAAGAGAUCAUGAGACUCCACCGAUCUCUUCCGGCAAGGCCAGGGAUAGAUGAGGUUGAAGCUGCGAUGGCGUUGGUUCACAAUGUGGACAAGGAGGAGCAGGGCCGCAUCGAUGCUAUUCUGAACCAGAAUAAGGCGUCCGAGGUCCCUGAAGAGCUCUUCUUUGUGCUGCAAGAAAUGCAGAAGAACUUAGUGUACUAUCAGAGCAAAGAACAGAAGAGGGAGGCUCUUAAGUUGCUUGAUCUAGAGAACAUCCAUGUGUUGUUUGAUGAGUUGAUCCAGAGAGCAUCCGGCUGUCUCCCUUCGAGCUCGAAUGCAUCAUCUCUGUCGGUCCCUACACCUUCAGUUACAGAUAGCAAGGUCAAUUCUAAGACUCCGACAAGUUAUUCAACUAGUGUUUCAUCUGCGUUCUACUCAGAGAAAGAGGUUGGUAGGAGCACUGAUUGGGUUUCUAAAGAUGACAGUUUCCUGAAAAAGCCAAGGUCGCAUGUAGAUGGAAUCAGUAGUAACACCCACCUGUCCAGAGGAUUGGUCCCGAACUCAACAACUAGGCAAGAAGUUACUUCUGGAGAAGAAAGUGGAAAACUGAACCUCAUUAAACUAGCUAGCUUGAUUGAGGUCUCUGCAAAGAAAGGCACUCGUGACCUCAACCUUCAGAAUAAGCUGAUGGAUCAAAUAGAUUGGUUACCUGAUUCAAUUGGGAAGCUCUCUUCUCUUAUUACUCUUGAUCUUUCAGAAAACCGAAUUGUUGUCUUGCCUACUACAAUGGGUGCUCUUUCUUCAUUAACAAAAUUGGACCUUCAUUCAAAUAGGAUUGCUCAGCUUCCUGAUUCUAUUGGAGAUCUCCACCGUCUGCUGUUUCUAGAUCUGAGGGGGAAUCAAUUAACAUCAUUGCCAUCUACAUUUUGUAAAUUAGUUCAUCUUGAGGAACUUGACUUGAGCUCAAACCAGAUUUCCUCACUGCCAGAUGCAAUUGGGAGUCUUGUACGGUUGAAGAAACUGAAUGUCGAAACAAAUGAUAUUGAGGAGCUGCCACACAGUAUUGGUAAUUGUGUUGUGCUUGCUGAGCUUCGAGCAGAUUAUAAUCGUUUGAAAGGCCUUCCAGAAGCCGUUGGAAGACUAGAAUCUUUGGAGGUUCUCUCUGUUCGCUACAACAAUAUCAAAGGACUUCCAACUACAAUGGCAUCUUUAUCAAAGUUGAAGGAGCUUGAUGUUAGUUUUAAUGAGCUUGAGUCAAUUCCUGAGAGCUUGUGCCUUGCAACUUCUCUGAUCAAGCUAAACAUAGGAAAUAAUUUUGCCGAUUUACAAUCUCUCCCACGCUCGAUUGGCAAUCUUGAGUUGCUUGAGGAAUUAGACAUCAGCAACAACCAGAUUAGGGUCCUUCCUGACUCUUUUGGGAUGUUGUCACAGCUUCGUGUGCUUCGUGCAGAAGAGAACCCCUUGGAAAUGCCUCCAAGACAUAUAACUGAAAUGGGUGCACAAGCUGUUGUGCAGUACAUGGCUGAAUAUAUUGCAAAAAGGGAUAUUAAGGUACUACCUUUAAAGUCUAAGAUGAGCUGGGCUCAGUUCUGCUUUUUUUCAAGGCCUAACAAAAGAAAGCAUGAUGGCUCUGACCUGUAAACUGAUUAUAGAUUUCAGGUAGCAUUUUAUCCAAUGUAGACACAUAAUUACGAUGCACAGCUGCAAACAGUCUUAUCCAUCCAGACUCAUGUAACAAAGGUCUCCAGGAUGUGGUUUUACUAUGAUUUCUGGAAGUUGGUGUAUCCUGAUGAUCCUCUGCUAUCUAGGUCUGUUGUUUUACUUGUAUUUCUCAUCUCUUUGUAUCUGUAAAAGGCAUGACUAAUACUUCUUGCAGGACAUAGAGAAAAAAAAUACUGAACAAAUUCUUUAUAUCUUCUUGUAAUUAUCUCUUCAGAUUGUAGUGCAGAUUUAUCUUUUUUUGAACUCAACUGACUAGUCAGUUCUUUCAAUAUCACUAAAUUGUUUCCAUUUA